CCUGUUACCAUUUCUAAAUCUGUAAUUAUAUUCUUCUUACUGAUGUGGUAGAUUCACAUCUGUAUACUAAAUAAUUUGUGUCACAGAAGCUGUCUCUACACAAGUCUCUAGUAGUCUAGUGCGAAACUCAUCCUGCGCGCGACUGCACGAGCAGCGUUGCGCGCGCGUUUAAAAAUGCUACGAUAAAUUAUAAAUUUGCCGAAUUUUAUAAAAAGAAUACCGGAAAUAUUUAAAAAACGAACAAUGUGGUUCAAAGUGGUGUUACUCCUGACAAUUCUGUCAGUUUCAAAGUGCAAUAAGUACUGCAGCGAUCAAAGAACUUUAGAUGUGCUAAAACGAUCGACGUACGACUUUUCAGUGAAACUGUUAGACAGUGUGAUUCAAGAUACGAAAGCCGAAGAUUUUGUGUUUUCCCCACUAGUAACCUGGUUGCAACUCACGUCGCUAGCUGAAGGCGCUAAGAAGAAAACGCUUAAACAAAUAUUGAACGUGACAAAGCAUUCCACUUUGCAAUGCCUGAAGAAGAAAUGGAAGAAGUUGAUAAAUGAAAUGAAUACAGAUUUGAAAAACGAUCUGCAAUUGCGGAAUUUGAUAGUCAUAGACAAACUGUUGAGUGUCAAAAAGAGUUUUUUGAAGAAAGUCGAAAAAUUACAAGACGUUGAUGUGUUAUUGUAUAAUUUUAAUAAUAUAGAGAAAGUUGCAGAGGAAGUGAAUGAUUUUGUUAAGAGUGAAACUGGUGGUACGUUUUCUGGAGUUGUCGAACCAGGAUAUUUUGAUUCUACGUAUUUAGUAAGCGUUGGGAUGGUAAAUUUCAAAGCCAGUUGGAAAUCUGCCUUCCAAAAGGACAACACCGAAAAGAAGGACUUCUAUUCCUUGACGGGGGUGAAGAUUGGAAAAGUGAAUAUGAUGAAACAGACAGGUUAUUUCAAUGUGACCUAUAUUCCAGUGAUAAAGUCGAGAGUUUUGGAGCUGCCUUGUUCAAUCGAAAGGAUAUCUUUGUUGAUAUUUAUCCCGAAAGAGCGUAAACAUUUAUUAAAUUUUUUCUAUUCAUUAAGAAGAAUAGAACUGAAAUCAAUUUUCAUGAUGUACAAAAACACUGGCCAGCAAUAUUUAAAUUUGGAGUUACCUAGAUUCAAAAUGGAUUUUGAGUAUGAUAAUAUUCCAGAGUUGAUAUUCGAUUUGGGUGCAAGAAAAAUGUUUACUUUGAAUGCGGAAUUCAAAGGUAUAAGUGAUUAUACUAUUUUUACAUCUAUGAUGACUCAUGUGGCAAGUGUACAAGUCACAGAAGAAGGUAUUCAAGCCAGGUCCAUGACCACUGCGCAGAAUCUGUUGAAAAGCAACAAUGGCUCUAUGGAUUUCGUUGCAAAUAAACCUUUUGUUUACAUGUUAGUUGAUAGGGAGUUAGAAAUCAUAUUAUUUGCUGGAAUAUUUAGCAAACCCGAAAUGUACGAUUGAGUUUCUAUCUUUGAUUGAAUAGUUUUUCAAUCAAUGUGCACACAAUAUAUCUGUCUUAUUGUGAUAUUUGAGGCUUGACGUGAUAAUAUUUUUACCAAUUUGAAGAAGAAAAAUUAUCAGACGAGAUUAGAACUAAAUUAUCAGUUAGAGACUAGAUUUUUUUUCAUGGAAUAUAAAACAAAAUUUGAAGUAUUGAAAAAACCACAAAAAAGUGUUAUGACAAACUUUUAUUCAAUUUCAUCUCGUUGUUUGUCUGCAAUCAAAUCUUCCAAGUUAAAUUUCACUUCCAUCCUACAGAGUUCAAAUUUCCCACGUCGCUUCAAUUUCCAUGACAAUGCAUUAUUAAGAUGAGCAUGACCUAAUGGUGCACUCGGAAUCGGCUCUCAACGAGGGAACUGCGCGGACAUGAUUUUCCGAUACAAGAUCUCUCUGUCGACAAUGAAUGCUUAUAGCAAAGAAAUGACAUGUUUGUAAAAAAAAAAACUUGUAUAUUUUCAUGUUUCUUACGUUUAACACGGACACGUUGUAAGAAUCGAAAACUGCAGUCGUGUUUACUCAGUUACAUUCUUGUAAAAUUAGUUACUACAUUUUUAAGCAUAAUUUAUUUUAUAAACGCUUUUCGUCUCUUUCUAUCACUGCCACUCUAUUCAUAAAAUUAGUUAUUGCACUCUAGAAUUAGGUCUAUGUUAACAAUAGUUUUCUAGUCAUUAAACAAUUAUGUCCUAAGGAUUAUCUGGGGGCACAGCAGUGGUCCCCCAAGUCGAGCAAAAAAAGCGGCACGGCCGUACCAUCAUUUUCUCGAAGCAAUUCAGGCCAAUUUCGAACCCCAAUAACAUCUGUUGAUAAAACAGGAAGCUUGAAUUUUUUAAGUAUACGGGAAUAGGGUAGUUGCUAUCAUGUCAAAUCAGAUACUUUUCCAUAUGUCAAAAAAAAAAGAAUAAAAAUGGCGCUUGUACCUCACACAGUGGACACAAGUGAUGUCACAGAGGUUGGAGUCAAGAACCAUAGCGCAAUAUCCAUAGAUCUAUUCUUAGUGUAAUGGGAACUAAAAAUGUACUAAAUAUUACUACUUAUAAAAAAAAAUAAUCAAUUAAAAUGACAUUUGAUUAUCGUGUUUCAUAAUGUGGAAGAAUUUAAUUUCUUUUUAUACACGGCCAACUGCCCUAUUGCCAAGUUUUAUCAUUAUUAUUAUUAUUAUAUGACAUAUUUUAAUAACACCGAUUUGAAUGAUAUUAAGAAAAAUGAUUUAUUAAAAAAAUAUAUUAUUUUAAUAAUUGAAUAAAUUAAUUCUUUUCAGUCAAUUAUCUCGAUUCAUUAAUGUAGAAUAUACCAUCAUGUAAUUAAUUUUAUGCACAUUUAACAAAAAAUUUAAUUACAUUAUACAUGUAAAUUAACAAUAUAUAACGAUUAAAUUAUAAAAGGUGGUAUAAAUUUAUCUAUUUAACAUCGAAACACCACAUUACAGCAUUCUGGUUUACGACAUCGAUCGUAAAACAUAUAUUAUGUGCGACAAUAACAUACAGUGAUGAAUAUAAAACAAAUAAUAAAAUAAGUUUUAUUUACUCAUUUUGUUUUGUUUGUAAAUAAAAUUUGAUUGAACGCGAUAAUUUUGUGGAACAAAAUUAUCCCGUUCAAUCAGUAUUAUUAUAAAAAAAGUUUGUAUGUUUCGAUAUCAAAAAUUCACCAUUAAAAAGGAUAAUGUAUAUCCAAGAUUGCUAUAUUUUCUCACAAAAUUCCCACGGGAGCGAAGCCCCGGGCAACACCUUGUAUUAAGUAAUUUUAUUUAAUUUUAAACGAGGCCGAUAUCGCAUCUCCUAGGCUCUGUCUAUCGCGUAUGGGAAGAAGACGUGAUAGUGUAUUACUGUACCGUGAUAUUAUUAUUCUAUUGUACAAAAUUCUGUUAAAGAAAAUCUGUUGUCCGCGGCUCCGCCCGCAGCUAAAAAUAUUUUGUGUGCUUUUCAUAUAAAACACUCUCAAACGUAGUCUACGUUUGAGAGUAUACAGAAUAUUAGUAUGUUCAAACUCUGGUCUAUUAUAAUAUCUGUACCAAAAUCAAUCAAAAUUGGUCCAGUGGGAAAUUUCUGGAAAUUUCAAUAUUAACUGACAGCAAUACUGUGGUUAUAUAUCUUUAUCCUUUAUAAAUAUAUAUCUACCUAUAUCCUUUAAAAAGAAGUCCGUCUGUCUGUAUGAACGCAAUGACUAAAAACUACCGGGUUUUUGUACCAAAAGGUUUUCUAGGUAUAUAAUGUAUUUUGGUUUUACUCGAGCAAAGUCGCUAGUGAUAAAUAAUAAGACUAGCAGAACCACGCGGUGUUAUCCGGUAGACAUGCAUUAUAUUGUUUUCUAUUUAGUAAUUAAAAUAAAUAUCCGGUUAUUCCAUCGCCAGCCCAGCACUAAAAUCUAUAUUAUUAACAUAUACUCGUAAAUAAUGUUUUGAAAUAGUAUUAUAAUUUUGCCCACGACUUCGCUCGCAUGAUUUUCCCUUCCAAAAAUAGAAAGGAAAUAAAAUUGAAGCCAUUCUUUUAUAUACUCAGUAGGAUUGUUUCGUUACAUUUGAUUUAAUCUGUGAAUAGCUUAUUUAAAUUUAAAUUAAUCGUAAAUAUAUUAAUUUAAUUGGCUAUAUAUUUUUAUUACCACUUAAUACCUAUUCCUAUUAAAGCAUUUCAUGUUUAUACGUUCGA